AUGGAAAGCUCGGAACUGGUAAAACGACUUUCCUUAUUAGAAGACCAAAGAAAUCUAAUACUUGGAAGCAUUUACACCGCGAAUGGUAUUGCAAACGGGACAAUAAAAGGCUCGCAAGACGGCUCAUACACGACACACGAAGACAUACAGACAGAAAAACUCACCCCACUCAGUAUGGUUAACGCCGAGGGUACAAUCUCUGAAACUAUAUCUUGGAAUGUUUUCGACCUUCGAGUACAUCACCUCGAGAAAAGUGUCUAUGGUUUCGAUCCUGUGACAAAGAAAGCUGUGCCACCUGUGGCGACGACAAAAAAAACCACACCUCCUACACCUCUUACACCUCCUAAUAAUGAUAAUCCACCAACAACUACCAACGUCGACAAGGAAAAUAACACGGAAAAUAACAAGGAAACGAAAACACAGCAAGAUAAAUUAAAUGAGACAUUGUCGUUGUUAAGACGAGUUGACGAAGUCAAGAAACAGUUUCAAACUAUUAUACGAGAAAGAGAUGGCUUGAAAUCGUUCCUUGAGCAAUACGACCAGGUAUCGGAAUUCGUUUCACCAUUUAAAGAUGCGGUAGAUAUGGAACGAGCGAUUUUAACAACCGAGGCAAAAGCUGAGAUUAUCGUAGCAUCAGAGGAAGAAUUAUCUGCAUUAGCGGAGAAUUAUAAACAGAUUGAAGAGCUACAAAAAAUAAUUGAUUCUGAAGAAUUUAAAGGUCUUGAUAGAUUCUUCCCGUUACUUACGCCAAUUGAAACAAGCCACGUUAAUCAGGCUGCACGAACUAACGAAGUUUCUGCACGAAUAACACAUUUAUUGGACCGAUAUAAUGGAAUUAUAAACACACUUUCAGAAAUUUUUAUCGCCUGGGACAGCAUCUUGACUAUCAUUGAUGCGGAAAUAUCUGCUCUCGAAAGAACGAAAGCUCGCGAAUAG